UUCGGCGACAACAGUCGGGCAAGAGCUAUUCACAGCAACAGCCGCGUCGAUUCGACAUUCACACGAGUAGUGGACAGUCGAGGCGAAUCAUUAUAGGCUUUUGUUUCCUUCGACGGCUCGAAUCAGUACAAUAUCCUUUCACGGGUCGCGCCACGAGCUUCAAUUACGUCCCGAUCAGGGUUCACUAUUUAGAUGCACGCCUCCCAUCCACAACCUCUCUAAAAUGGCCCGACCUCCCUGGGUAGCACAGAUCCGAAGCGCGAGGAAUAAUGCCGAGCAGAUAGAAGUCUUGAGGGCUCUGAAGAACGAGAUCGUGGGCCACCCUCCGCAGAAGGAGCUCGUCGUUACGUUGGGAGUUCUGGAGCCCAUCAUCCGCUUGACGUUCAAUAAGAAUGGAAUUAGACAGGAUGGGAAGUCGCACGACCAUAGCUUUGCCUCUAGACCUCUCAGUGAGGAGGAGAUGGUCAGAUUGCAAUGUCUGCAGGUCAUAGCAAGCAUUGCUCUCGGCCCCCCCUUCCUUCCCCCCCUACAGGCCGCCUCUGUCUUGCCAGCGAUCCUGUCGAACAUGUGUCCUUCGAAUAACCCAUCUCAAUUAGUCCUGGCCUCCCUCCGUGCCCUCUCGAAUCUUGCGGAUUCAUCGGCUUUGGCCUCAACCGCACAUGUCCUCAGCACCAGUGCAAUCGCGGACGCCCUGUUCACUCGCCAGCAUCUAAACUCCCUAUAUCGCAUACUAUCACAAUCUUCUCUAUCGGCGUCCGUUCAAACCCAAAUAUCAAUUGCGGCGUCCUUGAUCAGUAGGAUCUGCCUCGAUGAGCGCCACCAGCAAGGCCUUGCGAAUUCGGGGGUUCUCGAUGCUCUUGCUACCAAAUUAGCAAGCUUCGUUGUGGCAGAAGGACUCGUUAUACCCGGUGCGGAGAUCCUAGCCCAAAGAGAUGGCUUGCAAGAAUAUUUCCCUUCGGCGGCCCCUUCAGGUGGGAAGCUUGCUAUAAUAUUGGAGGCGAUCGCAGUCAUCAUCACCGACUCCAAAUUCAGGGCUUCCCAACUGCUCUACUCUGCAUCUAUCCUCGCAAUCUUCCCCAUGUCUCAACCGACCGACCUUGUUGCAACUCAAAACGCUCGAGCGGCUUGGAACGCCUUCAACGCCGCCGGAUUGAGCGUUCGACAAACUCAACUCAACGCUGUGGACUAUCUGUUACCUUUUGUGCCCCUCCACCAGGUCAAGAGCACAUCCGCCUCUGCCUCUGCCUUUCCACCCCUUGGCACAUCUGGUUCCAGAGAAAAUCUGGCCCCCUCAGUACGAGCUGCAGCAAAUAAGUAUAACGGAGCAUCGCUUCCUAGUUGGAACGACUCUCCCGGCUUGGACAGCAGUACGGUAGCCCUUGAUAACAUUACGAUCGACCCUGAAGAGCCAGAAAGUCCUUUGAUAGCAUAUCUUAUACUACUACUGAGAUCGCAGACUAGCAUGACUCGACUGAUGGCUGCCUCUGUCUUGACGGUUCUCUACAGAGCUGGCUUGACCCACAAGACCAGAGAGACUGCGAUUGGCUUACUCGUUGUUCCGCUUCUUGUCCAGCUGUUGGAUGAUCCCGUUGUUCCUUUGAAGGGGAAGGAUAGCCUUCGAGAGGAAGAGGACCUACUGUUGCAAAGGGCGAUCACCGAACGUACUCCUGCCAUCCUGGCGAUGUUGAUUACAGACAGCGAAUACCUCCAAAAAGCUGCUUUUGACGCUGGUGUUGUCAGCAAACUUGCGAAGAUGCUGAAAGUCUCCUACGAUCCCGUUCCCGAGACUGCAAAUCUACAUCCAUGGUCUCCAGCUGGCGAGGAGUACGGGCAGGGGGUUGAUGGCCCGUCUCCUCGACUAGGCCGCAAUGGCCAAUCUCCUCUUCUAGUUCACAAGAUAAAGGUUAGGGAGAGUACCCUGAAGGCAAUUGCAGCACUUGUUCCUUUCAAGGAUGAGUACCGGAAAGCAAUCGUGGACCAAGGAGUUGUACCUUAUAUCGUUGAAUCAAUGAGCUCAUCCCCGGGGAAGCCAUCACCAAAGGCCGACAAAUCUGAAAAGCUUGUCAGUCAUUCUCCCGACGAGGGAUCUAAGAAGGGUUAUGGUAUCAACCCAGUCAAUGUCCUGAUUGCGGCAUGCGGUGCCGUUCGCGCGUUGUCUCGGUCCGUCAGCGUCCUACGCACCACACUCAUUGACAGCGGGGUGGCUGAGCCUGUAUUCCGUCUCCUUCAACAUCCAGACAUCGAGAUCCAAAUUGCCGCCACAGCAACCGUCUGCAAUCUGUUGACGGAAGUCAGCCCAAUGCGUCAGCAUAUUUCUGAAGCUGGCGUUCUCAAGAUUCUCUGUGAGCACGCCCACUCAAUGAACGCAAAACUACGGCUCAACGCUCUCUGGGCAUUGAAGCACUUUGUUCAGGGGGUCGACAACGAAAUGAAGCGGCUGUGCCUCGAGGAGCUCGGCCAGGGCUGGCUUGUACAACUAAUAUGUGACGAUACUGAAGACGAAGCUCUACUUUCUUCAAGGGUAAAAGGCGAACGAUCUCAUACCCCAAAUGAUGAAAUGGAUGAGGACGUUGAAAUGGACCAGUUCGAAGACCAAGUUGAUACUGCAUUUGGGACAUCCUUCGGUCGCUCAAACAAUUCACGUCCAAGCAGUAGUCGGAGCAAGUCUGUCCAACAAGCUGAACUUCGCCUUGCUGCAUUGCGAGAUGCAGAAACGAAUCCGGCUAGAAAGGCCCGGAAGGAUGAUAUUGCCGUGCAAGAGCAAGGGCUCGACUUCAUUCGAAACCUUAUAGGUGGUGCUGGCAACGGUGGGACAUCAGACACAACGGAGAUGAUCGAUUUCCUCUUCAACGCUCUUGGCCAGGACAGAGUAUUCGAGAUCUUAGCAUCGAAACUCCGGCCGAGGCAUGUUAACAGUUACACCAAUCGCAGGAACUCUUCAACACCCGAGGCCAGAAUCGUGCCUCCUCAGUCCGAGAUCAUCAUCGCCGUGGGAUAUAUUCUUGUUCAUAUGGCUGCAAGCAUUCCUCGUCACCGACAAAUAGUCAUCUCUCAGACCGAGUUGUUGAAAUUGCUUGUGCCUCAGUUCAACCACCCGAGUAUUGAAGUACGAUUAGCGCUCUGCUGGUUGGUCACCAAUCUCACUUGGCUGGAUGACCAUGGCGAUGGGGAGGCCUGCGCAUCGCGCGCAGAUUCUCUCAAGAAGCUUGGGUUUCUUCAAAAAUUGGAGAUGCUUGAGCAGGACCCUGAACUUAAUGUGAGGGAGAGGGCGAAAUCUGCUUUGUGGCAGAUGAAACAGAGUUAUUGAAGAUAAUCUCGGCGGAGGAUUUCUUAAUGAAAUGAUGUUGCAUGGCGUAUUCGGCGGGGAAGUGUUCGAUGCGAGAUGAAAAUCACGAAUUCGAACAAAUCUACAUUUCAUCGGGCAUUGCUCCUAUCCUGCGGAUUCUCCGGUUCCGGCACGGGGAUUAGGGGGGAAGUCCGUUCGUGUAACGAUAUUGAUAUCAGCCUCUG